AUGAGCCUCCCCAGGCUCGUUUUUCGACCGGCGUACCUUAGGUCGUCAUCGUCAUCGUUGUCGUGUCGUCCAAUUCUAUCGCGAAGCUUCCACGCGAGUAGAUUCGAUUUGGGCAUCAAGAUUCUAUUCUGCGGUUCCGAUGACUUUAGCUUGAGAUCCCUGAAGGCCCUUCAAGCAAUUCAAGAGUCUACUCAGAACUCAAGUAUCGAAUCUAUUGAUGUUGUCAUCAAACACGAGAAGCCUAGUGGACGGGGGUUGAAGGGUCACAGGGCUAACUUGAUCAUUGCAGUAUCAUUCGGGCUGUUCAUCCCCAGUCGUAUUCUUGAAUACGCAAGAUUCGGAGGACUCAACGUACACCCAUCGUUCCUACCAAAAUACUGGGGUGCAUCACCAAUCCAGCAUGCCAUAAUCAACGACGACAAAACCACAGGAGUAGUAGUCCAAACCCUUCACCCCGAAAAAUUCGACGCAGGCAGAAUAAUCGCCAAAAGCGACCCCGUAGACAUCGAAGUCGACACCACAAUCUUCCCACCACCGAUCAGCCACCCAGAAUCACCAUAUCGAAAACUUGAAUCCAAACUCGGUGAUAUAGGUGCAUCUCUUCUCACGGACGUAAUAAAAAACCAACAUUAUGACCACGUAGUCCAACAGAGACUCCCCGAAGUCGAAACCGGCGAGACAAGGAAACGUGCUCCACUUUUGACGACAGAAGACUCAAGGAUUAUCUUUGAAGAAAUGACGGGGAGGGAGGUGUUCCUUCGUAGUUUGGUCUUUGAUCAUCUAUUCUGCUAUAGACGGAAGUUAAAGGCCUCGAAGAAAGCUCAACAUUUUGUCAGAAUGACAAUGGGACCUUUCCGUCUCCCGACCCCGGAGGAGCACAAAAGUUACUUGAAAGGAGCAAAGGAAUCGAUACAAUGGCUUUUUGUACCACAUACUUCACCAGUUACUGGGAAAAGGGUAAAGGGGAAACCUGGCAGUGUGGCUUUGCAAAUCCGUCCAGAAGAAUGGGUAUGCUUUGAAUCCUGCACUGUCGCAGGGAAGAGCAAGCAGAACGCGAAAGCCUGGGAUCAAGUGGACCGCAAAGCCGUCAAGCUCUUCUCCUGGGACAGCGAAAAAGGAAGCAAAUGA